AUGGCAGAGACACCGGACGUCGAUCAUACUUUGAACGAUAAGACGAAGUAUAAUAUCUGGGAUGAAGAAGCCGACCUUGUCCUUUACUAUUCUGUCCUUGCUUGCAUUGAUUGUGCCGAUACCGGCUUAGAUCCGGUGUCCUUUCGUUUCAUCGAUCCAGUCCUCUCUCCGCUGAAUGCCACAAAGAAAUUUAGUAUCACAGCGGGGAUUGAGACAUACAACCAGACCAUCAACUUCGUUUUAGAAAACAAUGAUGAUCUUGUAUCACAAGACGUGCAGAUUCGGUAUCCCGGUAUCCAUGGACAAGCCAAUGAUGAAGGUACCCUGUCGAGCACUCAAGUUCGGUUUACAAGAGGAUCAGUCUGGACGCAGAACGCUUAUAGUGGGAGUCGGGAUAACGUUGGAUGGGCACGGCUUGCCGUGAUCCAGGACGGAGAUACCCUGCUCUUCGAUGGUGCAUUCACGAUGAUGGGUUCGCAAUACGCCAUCGAGCUUGAGACUCUCGACGAUGGAUCAACUGCGAUCAUAGCCCACGAACAUGAAUCGGCAUUUUCAUCUGGUAGCGGAUCGUCACUCCCUUUGCUCUGCUCAGCUUCACCCGCGACACACUUGCAUAAACGACAGAGCUGGAAUGACUGGGGCAACGAGGAUCUCACGUCAACGAUCGGCAGUACUUCUGGCUGUCCGGAUACGAGAGAGAUUGCCAACAUUGGAAUCAUGACGGAUUGCACUUACACUGCAGGCUUCAACUCCACCGAUUCUGCCCAUCGAUAUAUCUUGAACAUGGUCAACACGGCCUCCGUGGUAUUUGAAAACAGUUUCAAUAUCUCUCUUGCAGUACAGAAUUUGACAAUUAGUGACUCUGAAUGCCCGAGCAGUACCUCGGACACGACUGCAUGGAACGUCCUAUGCUCUCAGGGAGAUCUCAACACGCGCCUUCAGGACUUUUCAACAUGGAGGAGCUCCUUGAACGAUCAAAAUGCAUACUGGACCUUGUUGACUGGGUGCUCGGUUUCUGCUGGAGAGAUUGGUGUGUCGUGGAUUGGAGCACUAUGCAACACGGGCUCUGGGUCGAGCAAUGGUGGAGCCAGUGCCAAUGUCGUUGCCCGAACGCAGAAUGAGUGGCAGGUCUUUGCUCACGAGUCGGCCCAUACAUUCGGAGCAGUCCACGACUGCACUUCAAGUACUUGCGGAAGUGACUCGACACAAUGCUGCGCCCUCUCAUCGAAUACCUGUGAUGCCGGUGGACAGUACCUCAUGAACCCCGUAUCUGGAUCGGGCUUGGCUCUGGGCGAGUUGAUGGGCGCUGCUUGGUGGAAUCUCGUGCCGGCAAUACAACUGGUACGAAUGGGCAGUGCGGCAAUGGUAUUGUUGAAGCCGGCGAGGCAUGCGAUUGUGGAAAUGGUGCCUGCAGCGAACAAGAGUCUCGCUGCUGCGACUCUGUGA